AUGGAACAAUUCUUGGGCUGCUUCGCCCGGCUGCACAUCUACGAGGAGAACGCCCGUUUCGUGCUCAUAUCCGUGUUGCUACUGCUCUAUCUCUGCCUGGGUGCAUUCAUCUUUCACAUCCUCGAAAGGGACGCCGAGAUCAAAGAACGACGCGAGUUCAAAGACGACUCGGAGCGGCUGCGGAUACUCGUCUGCAACCGGAGCACCAGCUGUCUGGAACGGCUCGAAGAAUUGCUAGCCCUCCACGCCCAGGGUACGGUAAGCGGUGUGGGCUCGGAUCGGGACCGCUUCGAUCUGGCCGGGUCGUUUUUCUUCUCCGGCACCGUUAUCUCGACCAUUGGCUUCGGCACAGCCACCCCUCGAACCAUAUUGGGGAGGGCCGCUACGAUCGGGUACGGAGUCGUGGGAUGUACAUGUUGUGUAUUGUUCUUCAAUUUAUUCCUCGAACGCCUCAUCACCGCCUUCAGCUAUUUGCUCAGAUAUUUCCACGAGAAAAAGGUGCGCCGGCGAUUGAUGCUGGCCAGCAAUAACAAGCCGAUCACGCUGCUCGUCAACAAUGAGGACUAUGCCGAGUCGGCGAGUUCUUGCGAGGCCGUGGACAAUUGGCGACCGUCUGUGUACAAAGUGUUCUUCUGUUUAUUGACGCUUUCCGCGCUGCUCAUCUCGACGGCGGCCUUCGUGUAUUCGUGCGUCGAGGACUGGCCGUAUAUUGAUGCCUUGUAUUUUUGCUUUAUUAGUUUUGCGACGAUCGGGUUCGGGGACUACGUGUCGAAUCAAAAAGACGUGUCAGUCAACAAGGACGUGUAUCGAUUUCUCAACUUUUUGUUGUUAACAUUAGGAGCCUGUUGUUUCUACUGUCUUUUCAACGUCAGCUCGAUUGUCGUUCGACAGCUAUUGAAUUGGAUGAUAAAGAAAAUGGACAUCAAAAUCGAUGACGAUUUCCUGUGCUUCAAGAAGCCGAAACGAUAUAUGGGACUCGGGCUGAGGCCGCCGAAAGGCUGGGAAAUGUGCUCGGAGCGCUCGUCGAUCGACCUACAAGCCGAUGGCGGCCUGCUGAGUCUCAAGGAAUUCCUGAUGAACAACCACUCUUCCGUCGUCAUGCUCCAAAAACACUUAAUAAAGAGUGCCUUGAAAAACGCGCGGGACAAGGAGGAGGACGAGCAGAAGAUAUCGGCCUCGCGAGUCGGGCCAAUGGGCAUUUUAUCGCAGGCUUUUGGCGAGGAAUUGCAA